UCAAAAGUGACUGGGGAAGGGGCAGUGAGCUGCAAGGGAAUAGCCCGUGAGGGGCUCUGUUUGCUGUCGGGAGCCAUGCUCCAACCAUCUCGUUACGGUGCUGGGCCUCGUGGCUCUGACUCGCGGUGCAGAGUCGGGAGAAUGGAAGUACAACGUGACUGUUUACACGGGAACUGAGUCUGGAGCCGGGACAGACGCCAAUGUACGCAUUUGGAUCUAUGGGGACCGUGUCACAAAAGAGAUACAACUCAAACAUUCAACAAGAAACCAGAAUGCGUUUCAAAGUGGCCAGAUUGACGAGUUCCUCGUGAAGCUGGACCCUCUUGGGAGAAUCAAGAGUAUUACAGUUGACAACGAUGGGACAUUUCGUUUCCUAUUUGGAGUUUAAAACAACUUGUGAUCAAGGAGCGGAGCGGUGGAUGCACGACCAUGUUUGUGUGCGAGUGCUGGAUAAGAGGCCAAAAGAAGACGCUUUUUCCCAAGGAGCUGCAGGAAACCAGAUAGGGAAGACCCAGCAUGGCAGAAUGAGCGUGGGAGGAAGUGGGAGAUGAUCGGCAGUGACUGGAGAAGGGGAAGCGACGAGGGACGGAGCACUGAGUUGGAAGGGAAUAGUCUAGGUGGAGCUCUGUUUGCUGUCGAGAGCCAUGCUCCACCAUCUCGUUACGGUGCUGAGCCUCGUCGCUCGGUGCAGGUGCAGGAAACGAAAAAGAGAAGUUGAGAGACGCAGCAUGGCAGAGUGGGCGUGGGAGGAAGUGGGAGAUGAUCAAAAGUGACUGGGGAAGGGGCAGUGAGCUGCAAGGGAAUAGCCCGUGAGGGGCUCUGUUUGCUGUCGGGAGCCAUGCUCCACCAUCUCGUUACGGUGCUGGGCCUCGUGGCUCUGACUCGCGGUGCAGAGUCGGGAGAAUGGAAGUACAACGUGACUGUUUACACGGGAACUGAGACUGGAGCCGGGACAGACGCCAAUGUACGCAUUGGGAUCUAUGGGGACCGUGUCACAAAAGAGAUACAACUCAAACAUUCAACAAGAAACCAGAAUGCGUUUGAAAAUGGGCAGGUUGACGAGUUCCUCGUGAAGCUGGGCCCUCUUGGGAGAAUCAAGAGUAUUACAGUUGAAAACGAUGGGACAUCUUCGUUUUCUAGUUGGAGUUUAAAACAACUUGUGAUCAAGGAGCGGAGCAGUGGAUGCACGACCAUGUUUGUGUGCGAGUGCUGGAUAAGAGGCGAAAAGAAGACGCUUUUUCCCACGAAGGUUACAUCGUGUGAGACAGAGACGGCUCAUACACCGACUACGGAUGUCACCACUGUCUUCACAAAAGUGCGCUCUCAUGAUACCAGAUAUCCAACGGCAAAACCAUCACAGACCCUGCACACAGUGAAGCCGAGUUCGAAUCCUAAAACUCAGCCAGUCACUGGAGUUAAUGAACUCGUGCUGGGGGGAAUAGUCGUGGCUGGAGUCAUAUUGCUCCUAAUCUUCAUAGCCGUGAUCAUCGUGAAGAAGAGGAAUCAGAUGGCAGAUAAGGAGGUAGCUGGGAAAUUGGAUGGAGAUCAGUGUUUGUACGCCAAUCUUGAAAUGAUGCCAUCUUCGUCCAUUCCUCGCCCCGUCUCGACAAACAGGACCACAUACGCCACCGUCACAGACUCGAGGGUCCAGGACGAAGUGGUGGUGUAUGCCGAGGUGACGACUGACCAUUUCACCGGAGCUCCUAGAAAAUCAAUGGAGCCUAACGGGCCCAAUACGGUCUACUCAGAGGUCCAGGCCCACAGGCUUUGACAAGACCUCCCUUCAACGAACCUUCACUUCUGCAGCCACAGUGUUUGAGUUUGCUUUUCUUAUUGCUCAACUUUAGUUUUUAUAUUUUUCAUAUUUCUUUAUUUUAGCUUCUGUUUGUCAUUGGUUUGAUGACUCCAUGAAUUUGAACUGAAUGAAACCUUAUUUAAUUGUCUACAAAGGCCAGGCAUAAUUAUAAUAUCCACGUACCUUUUUAUUGAUUGUAUGUAUUCAAAGGUCGUUAACCAUUUCAAAUUCUAGCUUGCUCAUGUUGUUGGUUGGGUUCUACAUUGUUCAUUAUUCUGUUCCCAGUCUGGUGAAUAUAUUUUAGAUUUCGUUUGUUCUCUUGGGCUUUCACUAUCUGAACUGACUGCGAUGGAUCCGGAAAUCUCAGACCGCUCAGUGGUCCUCUUUGAUUUAUCCCUGCCCCCUCCUGGUCAUUCUAUUGAACAUCAAAUUUCAUUAGCAAACGCCCAAUCGAGUUCUCCACUCGCUGAUGACUGUCAACUUCCUGUUGAAGAAGCUACUCAAUUAUAUAACUCUGUUCUAUCAUAGAUCCUGGAUCAUUUGGCUCCCCUCCAAACCCCUUUGGACAUCUUCCUGUCACCCUUCGCCAUGACACAUUGCAGAAUUGAUGGCGCAAAAAUGUACUGUCCGUAAAGCGGAACGUACUUGGAGGAAGUUCGGCGUCACUAUUCGUUAUAAAAUAUUUAAAGGGCAGCUUCUUCUCAUAACAACAUUGCCUUGGCUAAAUCCUCCUACAUGGCUGGUCGCAUUGCAAAUAGUGAUAACAAUACUCCGACCUUAUUUUCCUGUAUCAGUCAACUUUUGAAUAAGGAACCAAAUGGUAUUCCCCACUCCUCCGCUGAUUUCUGUACCAUAAUUCAACAGUUUUUUUCACGAUAAAAUGUCCAUUAAACGGUCCAAAUGACUGUCUCUUACCUCUGUUCCCUCUCUUUCCUACUUGCCUCCGGCUAAGUUAGAGACCAAACUUUUGACUGAAUUUCCCCGCAAUUUCAACUGCGGAACUCAUCUCUUUAUUUGCUGUUUUUCAACCUACCAGCUGUUCACUGGAUCCGUUCCCUUAAAGGCUGUUAUGGGACAAUUCUGUUAUACUGAGGCCUUUUAUCCUCAGUGUUCUCAACAGUUCCCGCAAAACUGGAACAGUUCCUGACAUUUUUAAGAUGGCUGAAGUCACCCCACUUUUUACAAAGCUCGGUCUUGAUCCCGAGCUUCCAGAAAACUUUCGCCCAAUAUCGAACCUUCUGUGUUUGUCUAAGAUUCUGGAAUGAGCUGUGGUCACUCGUUUACAUCAAUACCUGGCCCCAAACGAUCUAUUUGACCACUUUUAAUCGGGGUUCAAAGCUGUGCAUAGCACCAAGACUGCUCUGGUAAGGGUGGUCAAUGAUUUACUUUUGUCAGCAGAUAAAGUCUUUGUCAGCCUCUCAUUCUGCGAGACACAAGCGCGACAUUCGACUUCAUUGAUCACGGGGUUCUCCUUGAGCGGCUCUAAGUUUCAAUGGGGAUCUAUGAGCAUAGGUCUGUUGUGUUUCCACUCUUACUUAAAUAAUCUUAGGUACUUCGUCGCAAAGGACGGCUUCAAUUCACAAAUUAGAUCGGUUCUCUGUGGUGUUCCGCAGGGAUCUGUGCUUGGCCCUUGUGUAUUCUACUCUGACAUCUCGGCUUAUCCUACCAUUGCUAUGCAGAUGACACGUUUAUAUGCGGUCAAGAACAGACUAUGCAACAGCUUCUUCUGCGCUGUCUGCAUCACUCGCAGUAGUGAAUUCAUGGUUGCGCCAAAACUUUUUGCAACUCAACGGCGACAAGACCUAAGCCCUAUUUAUCGGCUCCCCUCUGUAUCUUUCUAAAAUUGGGUUCGCCUAGUUUGUUGAAUGAUGGUCACGAUGUCUGUCCCGCACGGGAGGUUAGAAAUCUCGGUGUUCAGUUUGACUCAUCAUUAUCCUAUUAUCCUUUGAGGCACAUAUAUCUAAGGUGGUUAAAAUCUCCUUUACCCCCAAAGAAAUAUUGCCAGAAUGCAUCGCUUCCUGUCACCUGCUGACCUGGAGAGGACUGGUCCAUGUUUCUGUGUUUUCCCGACUCGACUACUUCAACGCCUUACUGGUUGGGAUUCCGAGCAAAGUAUUGAACAGACUGCAGCUUGUUCAGAAUGCCACUACUUAUAGGUACACCAUUCCGUGAACACAUUACACCAGUGCUCUUUUCAUUGGCUACCAGUCAAAUUCGGAGUGGAUUUUAAGACACUGCUAUUGACCUAUGAGGCUUUAAAAGGGCUCACCCCACAUUACUUGCAAGAACUAAUACAUUUCUAUAUUCCAUCAAGGUCCUUAAGAUAUUUUGAUCUCCAACUACUCAGCAAUUACAGGUCUUUUGAUGAUCAGGCUUUUCUUAGCGUAGCACCCAAGCUAUGGAACGACUUGCCAAUUGAAAUCAGGCAAUCAGAGUCGGUAGAUGUUUUUAAGUCUACUUUGAAAACCCAUCUCUUUAAACUGCCACUCUUCAGUUUGGUCAGUUGCCCUGGUUCUGUUUUUGUUUUCUGCUUUUUCAUGCAUUGUGCAUUGGGAUCCUAGGAUGGAAUGCGCAUUAUACAUUUGAAUGAUUGUGGAUAUGAGGCAAAUUGGCCUCUAGCUCUUCAAGUCACUUGUAUCACCCUUCAUCAACAUAAUGAAGGAAGAAUCAGAGGAAGUCCAUAGUGCCUGUAUCACUACUAUGAGGCCAGGGCAGUGAGCAGGGCAGCUAGGGACUAUACAGUAAACCCUCUCUAUUCGCGAGGGAUACGUUCUUGAAAAUGCUCUCGAAUCCAGAAUUCCUGAGCGCAGAAACAUUAUUCACAAUGAGGGCAGCCGAGGUUUCAGCGGGCAGCCGAGGGCGCGUGCCUAAUUUUCGCAGACCGUUUCAAAUUUAACAACAUUCUGCGCACACCUCCCCGGUGUCGAUGGUCUGUAGACACUACGUAGUACACAGUUCGCGAAUACCGGAGUCCGGUGGGUCACAAAUAAGCAAUUUGUAUACAUUUAGAAACUCGCGAAUAUGCCAAACUCUAUAGAACUCGCGUAUCACGAGGGUUUACUGUAUAUGAAAAGCUACAAUCGAGGGCUGUGUACAAUAAUUAUAAAUGUAUCACGAUGCAAUUGUACAAAUCUGACUUUUGUGUCAUAUUUCCGAGGUACAGGCCAGGGUCAAGGGUUGGGGUCCAUAGUAAACUUGACUUACAUGGGCAAAUGGAUUUACAUGGUCAAAUGCAUUCCCAGAGUAAACUGGGCUUCCAUUUUUCAUAUUCUUGGUUCUUUCGGUAAAAUCACGUUGAAGGGAAA